GCACCUGCAGUAAGUUCCACAGCAGUUAGAGUUCCGGGUAGCGCGUGUGAGGCGGAGCUCCGCAGUUCCGUCUGCUUCAUCCGCAGCGGCUCCCUGUCUGUCUCGUUGCAUUCUCCAGAGAGGGACGGACCUCCACUUCCUCUAUCAGAAAAAUGUCUGCUCCAGCUCAGCCACCCGCUGAAGGAACAGAAGGGGCUGCCCCAGGUGGAGGUCCUCCUGGUCCUCCUCCUAAUUUGACCAGUAAUAGACGACUACAGCAAACCCAGGCACAAGUGGAGGAGGUGGUGGACAUCAUGCGUGUGAAUGUGGACAAGGUCCUAGAGAGGGACCAGAAGCUGUCAGAGUUGGAUGACCGAGCUGACGCCUUGCAGGCCGGAGCGUCACAGUUUGAGAGCAGCGCUGCCAAGCUGAAAAGGAAGUACUGGUGGAAAAACUGCAAGAUGAUGAUCAUGCUGGGAGCUAUCUGUGCCAUCAUCGUGGUCGUUAUUGUAAUCUACUUUUUUACUUGAGAAUGUGCCAUCCCGUCUCUGUUCUCCAUUGCCAUCCAAGUUCAUGUCUUUUUCUUCCUGUCUGCUCUCUCAGCCAACUCCUUCAUCUGCCUGUCCCCAUUCUAGCCCAGGCUUCUCCGUCACCCAUGCCUCCUUUUCUGUUGCAACCGUUUGCACUCUUCCUUCACACCAGAAAUGCUGCGCGUGGCCGGUCGUGACGUCACUACCCAAAGAGCAACAGCUGGCACCCCCUCCUCACCCCAGAGCUUAAAAGUGCUGUGGCCAGGGUGUCUGAGAAGCUGGCAUGGCCGAGGGAAGGAGAAGGGUGUUUGUCUCCAGCUAGGCUGGCCUUCAGCACGAGGGACCCAGACUACUUGGGAAGUAAUGACUUGCUGCCUGUUUUAUAUAAUAGUUGGUAACCACUACCCUGGAAUCUUUCCUUCAUACCAGGCCGGUCUCGGGUCCCAGAGGUCUGUGUAAAGACACAAGUCAAACUGGAAUUUUGUAGUUACUGCUUGUCUGUCAGUGUAAGAUGUUCUGUGUCUUUGGGGAACUUUACAGCCUUAGACAUUGUUCUCUGUGGGCCUAGAAAACAAGUACUCACUGAUUAUAAAAACAGCAGGAGACUCUUACAUCUUCCUAGAAGCCAUCCCACAUGCCUCUGUCUAGGAGGAGCCGCUGUCUCUUCAUCUUUUCUGAACUGUUCUAUGUUGCUCAUGAGGGCACCAAAUGAUUCCAAUCAGCUUUGAAAUAGCAAGCAUUUGAGAACAUGCUUCUUGCCAUCUCAUUAUUGAAGUUCAGCCUCCCUUGCUGUUGAUAAUGGGAACUGGGUGUGAAAUGGUGAGACUCCCAGGCUCCCACAGAACCCCCUUCUCCACACCUUUCUCUCAUUCUUGCCUGACAUAGGGAUGUGGCAGGAAGGCCUUUCCAGCAAAGCCCGCAGCUCAGUCUUGGAUGGGAGGGGUGCCAGCCUGUGACAGGUGUGCUGUGCACUGUGCCCGUGACAGGUGUGCUGUGCACUGAGCCCGUGACAGGUGUGCUGUGCUCUGUGACAGGUGUGCUGUGCACUGUGCCCGUGACAGGUGUGCUGUGCUCUGUGACAGGUGUGCUGUGCUCUGUGACAGGUGUGCUGUGCACUGUGACAGGUGUGCUGUGCUCUGUGACAGGUGUGCUAUGCUCUGUGACAGGUGUGCUGUGCACUGUGCCCGUGACAGGUGUGCUGUGCACUGCGCCCGUGACGGGUGUGCUGCGCACUGCUGUCCCAGCAUGGGGCCUUGCAUCUGGAGCUGUCUGCUUCUCCUCCUUCAGUAUCUUCUCUGGAACCAUCCUCCCCCAUCUGAAUUCUGCAUUGCCUCCUCUCCUCCACUCCCUUUGCAUGCCCUGUGCGAAUAGAGGCUGAAACCUGAGGAUGGGAGCUGCUGCUGAGCCUCACAGAGGAUGCGCAUGCCAUAAACCCAGGUGCUAGGGGGGAGUGCAGGAGGGGGUGCUCUCAGGACUUUAUUACUUCUGUCCUCUGGUCAACAAGCAGGAGGAGGCUGGGGCCGUACCAGCCUGCGUGCCCCCUUUCCACGCAGCAGCAUUUCACUCUGCAAAACCAUCCUUCUUUCCCUUUGCCCAUUUCCCACAUUCCCUUCGUCCUGCCUCAGAGUGGGACUGAAGAGCUGAAGAAAGCAGUCAGUGUACUCUCCCAACGUCCCCCCGAAGCUCUCCACUAUCCUCUGGGCUUCUCUUUGCCUAGUGCAGGGGGGGGUCAUCGCUGGAGAAGAACCGACACUGUCCUCGAUGUACUCCGAGCCUGGAGCAAAUUUACCCGGUUGGCCCACCCAGUCCUAGCACGGGAAUUCAUUCCUGGGUUUCUGUCCCGCUAAGGCUUACCAGGUGUAGCUGGUUUUGUUCUUUUGGGGUGUUAGCCUUUUACUUUCUUUCUCACCCCACCCGAGCCCACUUCUGUGUCUUUGCAGUCUCUUUGCUCCCACCACCCGUGUGCAUGAGCAGUAAGCCUCUAACCCUGGGACUUUGCAGCCAGUGAAGCCAAGCUUCCCACAUCCCCUUCUUUGGUUUGUCAUGAGAUGAUGUGGGGUUUCUUUCCAUUGUGUCUGUCAUUGCCUCUGUCUUUUUCCUAACCCAGUCUCAUAGUUUAUGUAUAAAGUAGUAAGAGUUGUAUUUCCACCAAAGGCAUGUGACAUAUCUACCAAUUUCAUGUAUUCUCAAUGACGGCGAAAAAUACAAAUUCCUUCCACAACAUCAUUUUGGUUGUUGUUUGGGUUGUUGUGCCGGGGAGGGGAGAAGAGGGUGUCAUCCUAGGUUGGCUGUAGGCCAGAAGGGCUGCCUGGUGUGUGUUCUUCGGUCUUCCUGGAAAUUAAAGUCUCUGUGUUGGCAGAGGAA